UAUUCUACGAUCACCACACAUUUCAUUCUCUCUAAGUUUCUUCAACAAAUUCAAAGACACAAUAAAAAACCCCAUCUCAAAUUUCAAAUCUUUACAACAAAAAUGGCAAAUAAUUAAUGGAACAAGAUUUCGGAUCAGAAUGCAGCAGUGAGUGUGGAUCGGGUUGGACUUUGUACUUGGGACACUCGAUCUAUACUUUGGAUCCUCUUCAAAAUUCCAUAUACGAUGAAGAAGAUGAUGAUAUGUCAAUGGUUUCAGAUGCAUCUUCAGGUCCACCGCAUGUUCAAGAACAAGAAUGCGACAACAAUGGCGUUAACGAAACAGGUUUUCAAAGACAAAUACAAUAUUUUCCUAGUAUUCUUGAUGACACCACUACCUCUCCCUUCUUCGAGUUUCCUAUGUGGGAAAUUGCACAUCUUUAGUGGGAGAGAGUGAUAUUGUUAUUACAGAUUAUUCAGAGGGUGAAUCAAAAUUCAAAGAUCAAUUCGCGUAUGUCAACUCUUGUGUUUCUGGUACUCAGUUGCAGCAAAACCAAUUACGUAAACCAUGAAAGAUAUGAAGUGUAAUUAUGCAGGAUUCAAUCUUUUUUAGUCUAAGAACACUUCGUGUACAGAUGUUAUUAGGGAAAAAGUCGAUCGUUGCCAAAUCCUAGUCUGUUGCUUUGUAAAAUUUUGAAGGAAAAUUUAUGCCUACC